ACUGUUUCUCCAUGAAGGCUUUUCAUAGCUGGAGGAAUUAACACUUUGAAUAUGGCCAUAACACAAGUGGAACACAAUUUCACUAUCAAAACCACGGUGUCCACAGUCCACAAUGGAACAGUAGUCAGCCCUCCACUGCCCCACCAUGGCAGAAUCCAAACCUCUUGUAUCGCCCUAAACUUCCUUGCGGCACUGCCUACUGAUCUCACAAAUAUAUUUCUCCUACUCAUAUUAAAAGUAAAGUAAAUCUUACAAAAUCUCUACGAAAGCCACAUUAAAUCUGACAUUUGAUUAACAUUUGGCAAUGUUAACAUUACAUUAAUGAGACUUGUUUAAAAUUCGAAUUCAAAUAUCAGAUUGAAAGAAAAAGAAAGGAUAUGGAGCCAUUGCGACAUAAUAUUGCGCGAUUUUUUCGCAGCACCAGUGAGGAAAAAUGCCCAAUAAUAAUUUAUAGUUAUUAAUAUAUAUUUGAAAGGCAUGUUAUAAAUUUUCGCGGUUUGGUUUAAGCUUUGUAAAAAAACUAAUAUUUACCAAGAAGGUUUGGAAUUCAAAUAUAUCGCAGCUUUAAACUGUCAAAUGCCGGUUUGUCAAUUUAACAUACGUGAAUGUGACAAACAAGUAAUCUACAAGUAGAAAAUAAAUAAUCAAUUCCGAAGAAAAUAAGUCAGCACCAUGGCUAAACCUCUACAAAAGGAGAGAGAAAACCGCUCGGCGGAGAAAAAAGAUUUAUCGUUUCAUCCGUAUACAAUAACACCUGAGAGCGCUCAUACUUCCAUACUACUUUUGGAGUCCAAAGAACCCGAAAUACUUUGCCAGACAUUGCGAGCAAUCACGAAAUUCUCUGCUCAGGACAUGUUCAAUCGAAAUGUGUUAUUUGAACUGAAUGCUAUUAACUAUAUCCUACCACACGUGGAACACCCAGAGAUGAACAUUAGAAGAUUUGCUUUAAAGGCAUUGGCACAGCUCUGCCAACUUCCUAAGGGUCCUGAGCAGGUACUGGCUAAUUCGCAGAACUUGAGGAAAAUAUCGCAGAUGUUGGUCAAGAUGGAAGACGUAUUUGUUCUAGAAUUUGCGUCUUUGGUUUUAGCAGAACUGACUAGGGAGCCCUUGGGAUGUGAACAAUUGGUUUCUGCCAACAUACUGAGCAGUCUUUUUUCAAGAAUGAAAAAUAGUUUAGAUCCAGAUGUGCAGAAAAACUGUUUGCAGACUUUAAGCAAUCUAUUGGAUGACCCAAUAUGUGCAUCAGAGGUGACGAAAAACCAACAAUUUAGCUGGCCAUCUCUUCUAGCUCUGAUGCAGAGCAAGUACCUGGCCAUCCAACAUGCUGCCUUGAGAACUGUAGAUCAGUUGAUUUGCAGAUAUAAGGAUCAAGUGGUGCAGAGAACAUUUAGAGCUUCCACUGGUGUGUUGGAUCUUUGCGACAUCUUAGAGUCAUAUGAGUUCCGCGACGUACAUACGCUAGUCCUCGGUGUGUUACGCAACUACGUCGAGACGGAGGACAACGCUUACCACCUGUACCAAUCGGGAUGCAUCCUGCGUCUGCUGGCCUAUCUGGAGAUGGCGCUGCCCGCCAUGAAGCCGCACUGCCUCGCUGUACUCACUAAAAUGUCAUUCACCGCCAACGGUCGAGAUGCUUUGUACCAGACAGGCACGGAUUUGGUGUUCUGCCAUCAGCUUUUGAGCUCAAACGUGGAGCUACUUGCAGACGCAGCCAUGGGUGUGGCCAACAUGACUAAACUGCUGCCAUCUGCCGUCCGAAUGUCUGAUACCAAUAUCAUCGAAGCUUUAUGUGUUAUCCUGGGCGACGACGCUGCUGUGUGGUUCUACAUCAGGAUGAAUUCAUUGCGGGCGUUAGCGGAGUUGUGCCGCAUCAUACCUAAAGCGGCAUUUAGCCUCGUCGAGCCCAAGACUUUCGCCGCACUCCGAGCUAUCAACAAGAAAUAUAAGGACACGCCUAUAGAAGCACAACGUUUAGCAGUACAAUGUUACAUCAAUCUGCAAAACUAUCACGUUAGCACCAAAGCGAUGCUAAACUCGGAGUUCAUGCAAGAACUAUUGAAUAUCCUUCAGCGAAUCGACAUUACCCUGAAGAUUAUGGUGUGCACGGUCAUAAGUGGCCUAAUGGCUGAGGAUAUGGCAAAAGAGUUGUUCACUUCGCGUAGAGGAGAGGAGGUGGUGGCGACCAAUUUACGCAUUGAACACGUCGGUUUACGCACGGCCCUGUGCACUUUGAUCGCAUGCAGCGUCACCGAUGAAGGAGCUGAUGUUUACUUGGAGUUGGGCACCAUACAUUACAUGGUAGGCAAUAGAAUGGCGAGAUACGUUGUCGGAGCUUGGGAGCCCGCACUGGAGGCCAUUUUCAACCAUCAUCCGUCAGCUAAGCUCGCGUACACGGGGCGAUUGGAUAUCAAUGACUUUACAAAGGAAGGUUUCUACGUUCAAAAGCGGCUAGGCAGUACGUUUCCCACACUCCGAGCAGCGAUGGAACAGAAGCCGCCAUACAAGGACCCUGUGUAUGUGUGUAUGUUCUACCAGCCGCCUUUCGAUCGUGCCUCUAGCAUGGACAUAAGGGCACCGCAUCAGCAAUCGGAGUCCAAGUUGGAGAUGAGCUCAUCUGCUCGCCUGAGGGCGCUGCCUUUGCCAGACGACCACAACCUACGGUCCUAUCUCACGAGACUCAAGAUAUGGUUCGGUGACCCUGCGAAAUCUCUUCAUUACAUGGAGAUAGAAGAUGCACAUUACGAAGUAAGAUACAGGGAGAAGUGUGACGAAGUAUCCUCGUCUUUGAAGCAAAGGGCCUCCUUACUGGCGGAGUUCGUGGCCGAGCAGAUGUGCGGCCUGACGCAGGAGAGAGAUUGCUCAGUAUUCAGUGUGGACUUACACUUGGCUGAUCUGAUUAGCGAACUAUCGUCUCCCGCGGUGGGUAUCGGUUGGGUCCGGUGCGGGGGCUCGUUGGAGCGCAGUGUGCUGUACAAGGUGCUCAGCGACCGGCUGGGACUGCCCUGCUCGCUGCACCGCGCCGGCAGCCGCGCCUGGUGCGAAGUCGCCGUGCCGGAGUUACGGCCGGGUGAAGAGUUAGCCCACGAGGAGAAGUACCCAGCGGGUCUCCUCCGCGCCAACUACGUGGUCGACCUGAUGGUGAACCCUGGAGCGUUGUACGUGAAGAACAGUUACGAAGCUUCACGCGUCUGCGGACCGGCCUGUCAGCCACCCUACACUGCUAGGGAACUGCCGGAAGUUUGCCGUUGCAAGUAGCAUGACUCAUUCUGAUUGGCUAUUAAAAUUGUUUAGAGAAACUCGUGUUUUCUUAUCAUAUUUUUAUUAUAA